GCUUGAUUUAAUUUAUUUUAAAUGACUGAUGCCUAAUGUAAUCAUUUUGGGCAAUUUUCAACUGAGAUUUAGCACAAUGAAUCAACACAGCGAGUACAAGAUUUCUGGCGUGUCUGUAUACUUUCCAUGCAAGCCUUAUCCUUCACAGUUUUCUAUGAUGGACAAAAUUAUAAAAGGCAUAGAGAGACGCCAGAACUGUCUUUUAGAAAGUCCAACAGGCAGUGGCAAAAGCUUGGCACUACUCUGUUCAUCCCUGGCCUGGCAAUUAGCUGAGAAAGAAAAAAGAGACAGAGAGGAAGAGGAGAUGACUAAAACAGCUUUGUGUAUUUGUGACUGCCACAAUUUAGUUGUUGCUGAUGUGCCAACAACUAAGACAGAUGACAAACCAGAGGUCAACCCACAACAAGAAUCUAUAUGGCAACAGUCAACAGAUGGUCAGGACAGUGAUGAAGACUUUCAAGACAAGAAUAAAAUAUUCAAUCUUCCUGGAAAGAAGAAAAGUCCUCGCACCCAUGUAAAAAUUUCUUACGAGGACGAGAAAACAAAAGCCAAACCAGUCGAUCUGGACAUGAUCAUGAAGUCAGUCGGAGACAUUUUAAAUGGGGUCAAGCAAGAGCCAGGACCAGAGGAGAAUGUCAAAGUGUGCCAGAAAUGUUGCUGUGACAAAAGUACCACACCUGGCAGGACUACCAGAAUUAUGAUACCCAAAAUAUAUUUUGGUACACGCACACACAAACAAGUUGCUCAGAUUGUAAGGGAAUUGAAGAGAACCAAGUAUCACAAUGUCAAAAUGACAGUGCUUGGGAGCAGAGAGCAUACCUGCAUCCACCCAGAGGUGUCUAGAGGGAAAAAUAAGAAUGAUGCAUGCAAAGAGCUAUUAAAUGGUCCAGGAUGUCGCUUCAAGGAGUGGACCCCACGCUGGUCAUCACAAAGUUCAAUCAAAAGUGCUGGGCUGGACACUGCCUGGGAUCUGGAGGAGUUGGUUCACUUCUGCAGGGGGAAAAGGGUGUGUCCAUACUUUUUGUCUCGAGCCAUCAAAGAUGAAGCAGAGCUGAUCAUCUGUCCGUACAACUACUUGAUUGACCCACUAAUCAGGGAAGCAAUGAGUAUUAGCUUGAAAGGUCACAUAGUAAUUUUAGAUGAGGCGCAUAACAUUGAGGAUUCUGCCAGGGAAGCGGCCAGUCAGAGCAUAUCUCAAGAGAUCAUACAGAAAGCUGUGGCAGAUAUUGAUAGUCUUAUUGAACGUGAUGUCAACUUGGCUGACUACUCCAAGCUGCGGUCUGCAUUAAAAAAAUUGGACAUCUUUAUUGAUGAAAACAAAGACAGACUAGAGCAAAAAGAUUUUGAAAAAGCUUAUAGAAUCUGGUCGUCAUUUGACAUAGUUGUCUGGUUGGAGACUGUUGGUUUUGGCCCAAAACAUUUUCCUAUUUUAAAAAGUGCCUUAGCUGCUGUGAAAUCAGAAGCAGAAGAAAGGAAAGAAGAGCUACUGAGGGCAGGACUUAACACAGAACUUCAUGAAAUGAAACCAGCCACUGCUGGUCUGUUGGAGCAGAUUUUUCAAGUCCUGGAGUAUUUGUACAGAGCUGAACUCAAAUAUGUGGACGACUACAGAGCCUCAUUGGUCCAGUCCUACCAGUACACGCGUGUUGCUAAGGAAGGACAAUGGCUGAACACAAAGGGUGGAUAUGGAGGACGCAAUUCAAUGCAAACAACAACACAAUACACAUUGAAUUUCUGGUGCAUGAAUCCUGGAGUGGCCUUCUCAGACUUUGCAGAGACACGCAGCAUUAUUUUAACCAGUGGCACGCUGUCCCCCUUGAAUUCUUUUGAGUCUGAGCUGAGCAUAAACUUUGGGAUACAGCUGGAAGCUAAUCACGUCAUCAAAGAUUCGCAGGUGUGGGUGGGGACACUGGGUACUGGACCAUCUGGUGGCAAACUUCAGGCUGUCUACAGAAACAUUGAAACAUUUGCCUACCAGGAUGAGCUUGGUGCGCUGGUCCUUAGAGUGUGUGAGAUUGUUCCUCACGGUGUCCUAUGUUUCCUGCCAUCUUACAAUGUCCUGAACAAACUGACCAGUCGCUGGGAGAGCACUGGUGUAAUGAAGAAAAUUGCCUCUGUGAAAAGAAUUAUUAUUGAACCACGUGGUUCAGACAAGACAGACUUUGAGGGGCAGAUGGAGAUCUUUUAUGAGGCCCUGAAACCUACUGCUGAAGGAGACAGCAUAUUAACUGGAGCUGUGUUUUUUGCUGUUUGCCGAGGAAAAGUCAGUGAAGGAUUGGAUUUUGCUGAUAAUUUUGCUCGAGCUGUAAUCACAGUAGGGAUUCCAUUUCCAAAUUUUAAAGAUGUUCAGGUGGAGCAGAAGAAGCAAUACAAUGAUAGCCAUCGCAGAACAAGGGCUCUUUUGUCUGGCCAACAGUGGUAUGAAACACAGGGCUUCAGAGCGCUAAAUCAGGCCCUGGGACGAUGUAUUAGACACAGGCAAGACUGGGGAGCAUUAAUUAUUGUUGAUGAGAGAUUUGUCAAAGAUCCACCAAAGUAUUGCAGCGGUUUAUCUAAAUGGGUAAGAAGCAAAGUGCAAACAUUCCCGGCAUUUAAUAAUGCCAUGAACUCAUUAACAAAAUUUAUUGAGGAAAGACAGCACCAAACAGAUGUAAUCAACCCGGACCUGUCACAGCCAGUGAACAGCUCCAUCGUCAUAGACGAGUCGCCCAGGUUCUCACUCUGUGAUGUGAGCAAUGUUCCUGCUGCUACAUUCCCAGAUAAACCAAAAGAAACAGUUAUUCCAAGAGCUGUCCUUCCUCAGAGAAAUUUCUCCAUUUUCAAUUUAAGUUCUGCAUCGCCACUAAUCAAACUUGGCAACCAAACAAAAACUGUCAACAAUAAACAUGUAAAUAACCUCGCUGAAAAGAAUAAAUCCCCCAAUACUCCAGACAAAUGUGCCGAUGUACCAUCACCAUCUAUUUUUAUAAAGUCUAAACGCAUUGGUGGAAACAGGAUUUCACCAAGUGCUAAACUGUCAUCUCUAAUGCAAGGGAAGCAAAUCUCUUCUUCAGGCAGAGCAAGCAAAAUUUUUACUACAGGUCAACUAAGUAAUGGAACAGUGUCCAAUCCAAUUGUUAUAGACAGUAUUGAAGCAGUUGGAUCAGUUUCUGAUCAAUGUCAGGAAACUAAAAAACUAGAAACUGAAAAAUCGGUGGAAGAAACCCCACCCAGUUCACACUCAUGUGAUAUUUUUGAACCAAGCAGCAUUCAAACAGCAUUAUCUCCCUCUAGUCCUUCUUUAUCCAUAUUAUCUUCAAAGCUUGACACAAAUCUGAGUCUCAUUAACUCUCCGAGUUUAGCAGGCAGCGUUAAAAAAGUAAGCAGUAAUAAGAAGCUACUUUUUAAAAAAAGAAAAGAUGUCACAGACGACAGUGACAAGCCUGUCAAACCAGCUACGCAGUUUCAGACACCGGAGUCUGGCAAAUUUAACCGGAGCUCGUCAACAACUCAUUCGGAUGGGGAUGAUGAUUUUUCUCCCAUUGAAGAAAAGUUACUUGUCAGGCGAAAAUCUCGAGGGAAGAAGAGGAAAUCUCAAACUAUUGCGGCCAAAACGCCAAAGAAAAGUAAAGAGGUGAAAAAUUUACAAGAAUCACCGGUGGACACAACCCCAGUACCUACAAAAACUAGAUCAUUUAUUUGUUCUGUGUGUAACCAGCUGUUAUUUGGAGGUAUCCGCCCACAAGAUUUUCUGGAGCAAAGCAGUCUUCCAGUAUUUCUAAGAGUACCACCAAUAGAGUUGGAAACUGGUGUCUACUUUUUUUCAACUCAACCAAGUAGAGGUGGUUUACAGACCCAUCACUCUGGUAAAAUGAGCAAGUACAUUCAAGAAGAAGAGAUCUGUAUCCAGUUUAUUUUCUGUAGUCAGUGUUUAUCUGCUUCAUCCGACACAGCGCAACCUGUGGGGGCACAGGUGGAACUUGCUGCUAAUGCAGAGGCCAGGUUCAGCAAAGGACAGGUGUGGUUAUUCUCAAAAUUAGUCAAACAAGAGAUGGAUGUAACUAAACAUUGACCAAGGAUUUAUCUAAUACUCAAAUGUAAACACUGAAUCAAAUGAUUCUAUAUGUUAAUUCAAAUUUUUAAUUUGAAUACAAAUUUUUAAUUUGAAUGGCUAGUGAU